AUGGUAUCAAGAACAUCAAUGUUUAGAUCCAUAGUUGAAUCUGCUCAUAAUUCAUUAAAGGGAAAAAAUUCAGUAUUGAAAAAUAUACCAACAACAACAACCACCAACAGUAAAAAAUUUGAGAAUUUAAAUAAGGGUGCAAAAAUUGAAAUAUUAUCAGCUAUAAAAUCUUUAAAAAGUUAUGAAAUAAAUUCAAAAUCAGUAAAUGAUAGAAGAAGAGAUUUAUUUAAAAAAUUAAAUUAUACACAACAAACCGUAGCUGAAAAAACAGGAUAUAUUAAUAAAUUAAAUUCAAUAGAUACUGCUAUUGGGAAUAAUCAAAAAUUUGUUGAUGAAAUUGCUAAUUAUGCAAUUUCAAAUUAUGGUAUUACCAAAACAGAUUUUGAUUCCUUGGAGAAUGAUUUAAAAAGUAAUUCAAGUGGUAGUAAUUAUAGAGUUAUAGAAGCAUUAGGACAUUAUACAAGAGAUUGGACUCCAGGAUCAUUAAGUUUAGAAUUAUUACCUAUCUUUGAAUAUAUUGCAUCACAAUUAGAAAUAUUAAUUGAUUAUAGACAAAAAAAAGAUACUGUUUUAAUUUUCCCAGGUAGUGGAUUAGGUAGAUUAGCUUAUGAAUUUGCUAAAUGGGAUUAUGGUGCAGUUUAUUCUAUUGAGAAUUCUGGAUUAAUGAAUUUAUUUGUUGAUUAUAAUUAUAGUAAAGAUACAACAAAAUCACAUAUUAUUCAACCAUAUAUUCAUACAAAUUCAGAUUUUUAUAGUACAGAAUCUCAAUUUAGAUCAGUUGAAUAUAAACCAAUUGGAGAAUCAAAUAAACCAAAAAAUUUACAUAUUGUAAAUGAAGAUUUCACAACUUUUGAAAUUCCAAAUAGAGAUCAAUUUAAAAAUGUUGUUGUUGUUUCUGUAUUCUUUUUAGAUACUGCUGAAAAUUUAAUAACUUAUUUAGAUACUAUUGAAAAAUUAUCAAAACCUUCAGGAAAAGUUGAAAGAGGUUAUUGGAUUAAUGCAGGACCUUUAAAAUAUGGAUCAGCUGCUCAAGUUGAAUUAAACGCUGAUGAAUUAAAAUUAGCUCGUAAAGAAUUAGGUUGGGUUGAUGCUCAAGAUGUUUAUACUAUAUAUGAUCCAUUAGCUUUAGGUAAUAAGACUGGAUUAGUUGGAUAUUUAACAGAUAAAGAAAGUAUGUGGCAAGGUUAUUACGGAUUAAAUUUAUUUACAACAUCAAGAAAAGAAAAUAAAUCUUAUAAAGAUACAACAUUAGGUUAA